AAAGAGAAUCAUUUUCGCGUAGGGAGAAUGGGAAUAUUAAUCGGAAUAAUGAAGUAAGAUUCUUCCUUCUCCCUUUCUCUGCUCCUCUUCUUCUCCCGAAUGCUCGAAAAGCGUUGAGUAAAAGCAAAACAACACAAAGGAAAACCAUUUUCAUUGCGUUUAUCGGGGUUCCAAACUUACGCAGAAGAGAGAAACAGAGAAAGAGGGUUUCAGAUUGUAAUUUGAUCGUGUUGUUGUUGCAGUUGUGAAUUGUGAUUGAUUUGCAUACAAACACGAAUCAUACAGAACAGAAGAGGAAUUUAGGUUUUGAAAUGGGAGUGUUUUCGAAUAAGAUCGAUAGAGAACAACUGAAACCCGGUGAUCACAUUUACUCAUGGAGGCAAGCUUACAUCUACGCACAUCACGAUACCAGGAAUAUAUGUUGGUGAUGGAAUGGUGACCCACUUCACCCGGGGAGCAGGGCAAGAAAUUGGGACAGGAACUGUUCUGGACCGUCUCCUCGUUAGUUCUUCUCCUGCUCAUGAUCUUGACAAUCCUUGCCCAAAGUGUGGUGAUUUAUCGAAGAAUGAGGGUGUCAUUUCGUCGUGUUUGGAUUGUUUUCUUUAUGGUGGUGAGCUAUACCUCUUUGAAUAUGGUGUCUCAGCUGCUUUUUUUCUUGCCAAACCUCGAGGAGGUACCUGUACCCUUGCUGCUUCUGAUCCACCUGAAGAUGUCCUUCGCCGUGCUUCAUUUCUUCUUGAAAAGGGAUUUGGUGGUUAUAACAUUUUCAAGAAUAACUGCGAAGACUUUGCAAUUUACUGCAAAACCGGUCUGCUUGUGUUCACAAAUCUCAGUGUAGGUCGGAGUGGACAGGCAGCAUCUUACUUGGCUGCUGCUAGUGCUGUAGUUUCUACACCACUUCGUUUUAUGACCACGAGUAUGAGUGGUUUGGCCGCAGUUGGUUAUGGCAUGUACUGUGUUAGCCGAUUGGUUUCUGAUAUAGGAGUACGUCGUGACGUAUCUAAAAUUCCAGUGGAAACACUUGUGGCUUAUCAUAGCGUAAGUGAGCCGGAGAUGACUGGCAACAUAAAUGAACCAGAGAAGACAGCUGAGAUGCCCAAGGACACAGCCAAGAACGAUUAGCAUUGGGUCAAUAGAAUUUCCUUAUAGAAUGUUGUGCUUAAUAUAUGUUGUCAAUUCCUUAAACAAUUGGAGUUCCAUUAUUGUCUGCUUGCCGAUUUAAUGUAAAGAUGUUCUUCACAGACCAUUCUGUCAUUUUGAAUGUCAUAUAUAUCAAACAUUAUUGUCCA